UUAGCGACCUAGAAGUAAUUUGGGUAUGUUAGUGUACGUUUUAAUUGAAAUGUUAUUUGUAGUUACUUGCACUCACUAAGCCCCGCUCGAAGAUUAUCUUCGAAGUCUCAACGCGCAAGGAGAUUUUUAUUCAACUACAGUCAAUCCUCUGCAUCUUCUCACAAUUUUGAGCGAUUUGCGCCGCUGCAGCCGAGAGUAAUACAUAGAGAUAAUUCGUGAAUCCAGGUUCUUCAAAGAACGAGGAGCACUUACGCUCCCUACGCCGGAUAAGGUGCGAGUACUGGGUGCAUCGACGGGCGAUUCACGCAGCGAAGACUUCAAUCGGCCGCCCCUUGUGAUCCUUCCAUCGCUAGGACUGCUUGUAAAGACCAAGUACUCGUUCCUGAAGUCUUCGGUUAGGCUGAAGACGGAGGUCAACGGUUCAUCUACAUGUCCUACAUCGAAGGCGAUACGUUGGCAGAGAGAUGGCCUAGUCUCAACGAGAGGGAAAGACGAAAUGUUUGCAAAGAACUCAGGCAAAUGGUUUAUGCCUGGAGGACACUGGAUCAUGGUAGACAAGGCCAGUACGUUAUUAGUCUGGGGGGACAGCCGCUGAACGAGAUAUUUCUGAGAAAUCACCCGGCACUUGCUAGGCCGUUCCAAGGCGCAGGCGCGGUCCAACACUUUCAAGCUGGUUGCGGGAUUGCCAUCAGUCCUGAAGUGGACACUGUGUUUACACACGAUGAUCUGGUUCCUUGUAAUAUCAUGCUGUUAUCCGGACCUGAUCCAAAGGUGGCCGCAGUUAUUGAUUGGGGCCAAGCUGGAUAGUACCCCGCGUACUAGGAAUUCUGUAAGGCGCGGCGGGUCAAGCUACUGCCCGAAUGUUUCGACAGCGGCUCUCAGGAGGAGUGGCAUGCGACGUACUUGCCACUGAUAGUAGACGCAGUGGACGAGGAAACCUAUUACCACCCUUAGCUUUGGUUUUUCCUUUCCAAGGGCAUAUGAUGAGGAACCCGAUCUACGUAGCAUAAGUCUAUGUAGCUAUCUCGCACCACUAGGUUCUGAAUCAGCCCAAAUCAAACCCACCACUACACAAUUAGAGAGCUCGACUAUCACUAUAUUUUUGAUAAGAUACACCAAAAUGAUGUCGUAGCCAAGUAGGAUCUACGCUGUCCAACAGUUCACCAUUUAAGGAAUACAUAUUUAGCUUUAAGACCGUACAUACAUAGCCCUCAUUCACAACUGGCGUUCGCUUUAAAUUGAGUUAGGGGUGAUUAACUUAGAAACAUAGAUGCC